AUGAGCGGACGAGGUAAAGGAAAGACGGGAAAGAAGGCCACGAGCCGAUCCGCCAAGGCUGGGCUCCAGUUCCCGGUCGGUCGCGUCGCGCGAUACCUGAAGCAAGGGAAGUACGCCACGCGCGUGGGCGCGGGCGCGCCCGUGUACCUCGCGGCGGUGCUCGAGUACCUCGCCGCGGAAGUGCUGGAACUCGCGGGUAACGCGAGCCGGGAUAACAAAAAGUCGCGCAUCGUCCCGAGACACAUUCAGUUGGCGAUUCGUAACGAUGAGGAAUUGUCCAAGUUGCUCGGUACGGUGACCAUCGCGAGCGGCGGCGUGUUGCCGAACAUUCACUCCGUCUUGUUGCCGAAGAAGGGUAAGAAGAGCGGCAGCGCCUCGCAAGAGUAUUAA